CAAAUGAAAGAUAAAACACACAUAAAAACAUAGCAAAUAGAGAGAGAGAAGGCUACUGUUUAACAGAGAAAAAUGGGCAGAUCUCCAUGCUGUGAGAAGCUUGGAUUAAAAAGAGGUCCAUGGAGCAAAGAAGAAGAUGAUUUACUCAUCAACUACAUUAAUAAAAAUGGUCAUCCAAAUUGGCGUGCACUUCCUAAACUUGCAGGUCUAUUAAGAUGUGGAAAGAGUUGUCGACUCCGAUGGACUAAUUACUUGAGACCUGAUAUUAAGAGAGGAAAUUUUACUCCUGAAGAAGAAGACACCAUUAUCAACUUGCAUAAAGUUCUUGGAAAUAGGUGGUCUGCUAUUGCAGCAAGAUUACCAGGAAGAACAGAUAACGAAAUAAAAAACAUUUGGCAUACUCGUGUGAAGAAGAAAAUGAAUAAAUCUCAAUCUGAAGAAACACCGGGGAUACAAGAAGAAACCAUGGAAACAUCAAAAUCGGAAGAAAAUUUGGACAUACAUUCGGAGCCCGAAAAUUCUAAUUCGGACAUGCAUUUGGAGCCCGAAAAUUCAAAGGAUAAUUCUAAAAUAUCGAGUCCUAAAAUAAAUGCCGAGAUUCAACAACCAAGUUCUUCUGUACGUUCAUCGUCGUCAAUAUCAUCGAGUGAAGAUUCAUGUUCAAACACAACUGCUACAAGUUCUCUUGCUGAUGACUCUAGGGAUCAAAUAAUGUUGGAUAAUUUGCUCGAAAUUGAUGACGAUUUUUGGUCCGAGGUACUGUGGGCACCGGUCGAUGACACUAAUGAUAAUACUAAUAAUAAUGAUUUGUCAUUAUUGGAUGAAGAUUACCAGCUUAAUUCCAGCUUAGAUGAUAACUGGUUUUGGGAUGAUCUUUUUUCAAGGUCCAAUGAGUUGAUGAUAGAAUUGCCUGAAUUAUGAGCCUAGAAAGAAAAGAAAAAAAUGCGGAAAA